UUGCAUUGCAAUUUGUGGUAUAAAUACUCUGAGAUACGCUUUAACGGAGUAACAAUUCUAACGACUACCCCCUUAUAUACACUCACAACAGUCCUUCUAAUAAAAGACAAUGUUCAAGAUAUUUGUCGUCGCCUGUCUAAUUGCACUAUCGAAUGCUCAUUUAAAUCAUGGACCAACAAUAAUAAAUCCUCCAAAUUACGGACUAUACCCAGGAGGAUAUCAAGUUCGGGAAAAUGGUUUAGGAAUUCACGGCGACGCCAAUUAUUUGAAUUCUCAUAAUCCUGGAUUAAUAUCAGCGCAUGGACGUCCAGUUAUCGGAGCAAUUCAACCAUUGGGCCACACUGGUUACGCUUAUGCGCCGGCUGCGAAAAAUUUCGCAUUAAAUCAAGCACAACUUGUUCAACGUGCUAAUCCUCACGCCUAUGCACUUCAAACUGGUCAAAUUACGCAUUUAGGUCAAGUUGGACAUUUGGGUCACUUGGGACAAGUGGGACAUUUGGGACAUUUAGGACAAGUUGGUCACUUAGGUCAUGUGGGCCAAGUGGGACAUUUGGGACAUUUAGGACAAGUUGGUCACUUGGGUCAUGUGGGACAAGUAGGACAUUUGGGACAUUUAGGUCAAGUGGGAAAUGUAGGUCAUUUAGGUCAAUUGGGACAUUUAGGUCACGGUGGUCACGCUGGAGGAAAUUUCGUUGUCCCGCCGAGUGUCACAUUUUCGCAAAAUGCCCCGCAGAGAAUUGCCCCCAUUGGACACGUUUCGAAUUCCGUUCGAAUUCCUUAUUCAUAUCCGGUAAUUAAUGCCCCACAUCCGGUUUCCCACGGCGAUGCCCAGCAAAUUUCCUCCCCCGCUCAUGGCUGGUAAAUAAUUGAGAAUAAAUUUUUCAAAAAUUUAUUUUUUCUCCAUCCUCAUUUUUCAUUUGAAUUUUGCUCCAUUUGAAAAUUUACUUUUCAAAAAAAUCAAAAUUUUUACCUUUUCGAAUUUUUA